AAAAAAACUUAUUUAUACCCAUACGUGUAUAGCUGCAGCGUCACUAUUUCAUUUGGACUUUGAACGGCGAAAGGAAGGGGGCUUAUCAGCUCCAAAAAAGAUAUAGUGGACACGCGACUGGUGGUCCGAGUAUAUUUACCUACCUGUCAUUCGCGAGUACGAUAUGGAAUCAUAAUUGCGGUCAGGUAGACGCGAGAAUAGUCCCUUUUGGCCCUAAUAGUGCGGUAUGAAUAGUCACUGUGAAGGUUUACUUUUUGACUGACAGGAUUAAAAAUUUUUGAUGGCUCUGCAGUCUAUGUAAUUUAGCGAUGGUAUAUCUUACGCAUAUACAUAGAUGCAUAUAAAUGAUGAGCGCUACAGAAUUUUAUCCGGCCGCUUGCAAAAUAUUUUAUGCUUCAAUAUGCAUUUGUUGAACUUACGUUUAAUAUUUAUAAUAUACGUAUAACAGUUCGUAAUUCAAAGAUCGGAAAAUUUAUAUUCUAUUCUAGAUUAAUGGAAUACGAAUGAGAUUAAUACGAUUGUAUUAUGCUUAUAAAUUUUGGAUUUGUUGAGAAUUUCAUUUAUUCAAAUUUAGUCGGAGUUCAGCUAGAAUCGCGGUUCAAUUUCGGCAAUGAAUUAAAUACCAUAACUUGAAUAGAAUAUAUUCAAUUCAAAAGUAAAUCGAAAAUACCGACAUGGGUUGAAAAUUUUUUUUAAGCCACAGUUUGUCAUUCGUGUUGCAGGGUGGGUUCACGAGGUAAAAAUAUGUUAUCGCAGGACUAUUUCAACUCCAGAUUAGUAGGUCUUUAUUGACAGAUUUGCUGUAAUAGUUGAUUCGUUGAUCUCAUAAUUCCACUGCACGCGAGUUAUAUGAGAAGUUCGUUUGAUUUUGACGGAAUGGGGCGGGAAAUAAUAUGAAAUCUAGGGGUGGCAUUAUCGAUUAAACAAACGACUUCGAAACGAAGAACGCAAGAUAAAAGUGAUGGACGCGUGUUUCACUGCUUUCGACAAAGAUGAGGACGGAUUCCUGUCCCUUUCUGAGUUCGAGCUCAUUUGCCGGGCGCUCUUUCGUAACGAUCGAGGGAAGAUCUACGGUCUUGAAGAAGACCAAUUGAAGGAGAUCUACGCCGUCUUCGACACGAAUGGGGAUGGACUCAUCGACAGAGAGGAGUUCGAGGUUUGUUGGAACCGCUGGAUAAAAGUAUGCACGAGACCUAGGAGCGUAUUCCUGAUCGUGGAUGUUCAGAAUGACUUCAUAUCCGGAUCUCUGAACAUCACAAAGUGCGCUGCACAGCACGAUGGUUCAGAAGUAGUAGAACCGAUAAAUCGGCUGUUGAAAUCAGUACCAUUUGACUCGGUAUUUUAUUCUUUGGAUUGGCAUCCUGUGGAUCAUGUCUCUUUCAUCGACAAUCUGCAUAUGCGGGAUGUUGACCAGUCCAGUGGCGUUUCGAAGGAAGAAGCAAAGGUUUAUGAUACCGUAACAUUCGCUGGACCACCCCCUUUGAAGCAGAGGCUUUGGCCACGGCAUUGCGUUCAAGAUACCUGGGGCGCGGAACUCCACAAAGAUCUACUGAUCGUCAGUAAUGCAGUCAAGAUUUAUAAAGGAACGAAUCCUGAUGUGGACUCGUAUUCGGUAUUUUGGGAUAACAAGAAACUUACCGAAACAACGCUGUUUUCGCAACUCCAGAAUAAAGGCGCUACAGAUAUUUACAUCUGUGGCUUAGCGUACGAUGUCUGCGUCGGAGCGACCGCCGUAGAUGCCCUAGGAAGCGGUUUCCGUACAAUUCUAAUCGACGAUUGCAGCCGCGGCGUUGAUCUUGUCGAUAUAGAAAAAACAAAGGCUACAGUCAUUGGCAACAAUGGUGUUAUCGUGAAUUCGAGUCAAGUCAAAGCCAUGGUCGAAGGAAGAGACCGCAGGCCUGAAUUAGGGUACAAAUUAGCCCUUGAAAUUAAACACAACAAUCGAGCGAAUAGGAAGAGUAGCGAUUGAAUUAAGGUAUUAUGCUGCGGUACGAUGUGUUUAGUAAUUCUGUAAUAUAUGUAAAAUCAAUAAUUGACCUGUUACCUGAGUGCAAAUAAACUGAUGAACACAGUA